AUGAAAGAAACAUUGGCGGUUAUUUCUGUGUCAGACAAGACAGGUUUAAAAGAAAUAGCUUCUGCGCUACAUGAAAGUGGAAUCAAGCUUGUAGCUUCUGGUGGUACUGCUCAAUUUUUGAGAGAUAAUACCAUUCCUGUUAAAGAUGUUUCGGACAUUACUAAAUUUCAAGAAAUGUUGGGUGGUCGAGUGAAAACUCUUCACCCUGCUGUUCAUGGGGGAAUCCUGGCUCGCGAUGUAGAGACCGACAAGAGAGAUAUGGAGCGAUGUGGCUUUGAAUACGUUUCAUUCGUUAUUUGCAACUUAUAUCCUUUCCAAGCAACUGUAGCGAAGCCAAACUGUUCGGAAGAAGAAGCAAUCGAGAACAUUGACAUAGGUGGAGUUGCUCUUCUUCGUGCAGCUGCGAAAAAUCAUUCUCGUGUCACAAUACUUUGUGAUCCUUCUGAUUACAAAAGAGUUAUAUUAGAAAUUAAGAACGAGGGUGUUACAACUGCGCUCAGAAAAGAAUUAGCAUUGAAGGCCUUCGAACAUACUUCUUCUUACGACGAAGCCAUCAGUGGUUACAUGCGAAAACAGCUGGGAAGUAGAUCAAUCGGAUUAAGAUACGGGACGAAUCCUCAUCAGGCUCCGGACGCUGAAUUUUACUCCGUCAACGAGGAGAUGCCCAUAAAAGUUCUCAAUGGAGCUCCGGGUUACAUAAAUAUUUUGGAUGCAUUAAAUGGCUGGCAAUUGGUAAAAGAACUAUCUGAUGCAACUAAUAUGCCAGCUGCUGCUUCAUUCAAGCAUGUUUCACCUGCAGGAGCUGCUAUCGGAUUGCCUCUGAAUGAAUCUGAACAACAUUCCUGCAUGGUAGCAGACUUGACCUUAGAAAUGAGAAAACCUUCUCUCGCUGCUGCUUAUGCAAGAGCUCGAGGUGCUGAUAGAAUGUCUUCUUUUGGCGACUUCAUUGCUUUAUCAGAGAAGUGUGACGAACUGACUGCUAAAAUCAUCAAUCGAGAAGUAUCUGAUGGAGUUGUAGCGCCAGAUUACGAACCUGGGGCGUUAGCUUUGCUGGCAAAGAAAAAGAAUGGGAACUACUGUGUGUUAAAAAUUAAUCCUAAUUAUAUCCCGACUGAGACGGAAGAACGAACUGUCUUUGGGCUGAAGCUCCGUCAAAAACGAAACAACGCCAUAAUAAACUCAGAAACGUUCAAGAAUGUUAUUGGAGAGCAUAGAAAUUUAACUAAAACAGCUUUGGAUGAUCUAAUAGUUGCAACGAUUGCUUUGAAAUAUGCUCAGUCCAAUUCUGUCUGUUUUGCUCAUCGUGGUCAAGUCAUUGGGAUGGGAGCAGGACAACAAUCUCGAAUUCAUUGCACUCGUCUAGCUGGAGAUAAAGCUGCCAAUUGGUGA